AUGGGUCUCCAUCGAGACGGAGAGCUUCUCGGCCUGCCCCCAUUCGAGACAGAGAUGAGACGCCGCAUCUGGUGGCAAAUAUUCAUGCUCGACUGCAAGUUUUCCAUGAUUUCCGGUUUGAGCCAGUCACUGCUCCCUCGUCCGAGCGACUGCAAGCUGCCGAAAAACCUCAACGAUGCAGACUUGCAUCCGGGCGCUACAGACAAGUAUCAGGAGCGUGAGGGUCCCACGGAGAUGGUGAUACCGCUGUUGGUCUUCCAGAUCGGGCAUUGCAUCCAGCAGCAGCCUGAUAUCGAGGCUCUGAUGCUGUACAACGAACUAAGUACCCUCAGCUCGGGACGAAAGAGCAAAGUUCAAUCAGCGCAGAUCAGCUCGUUCAUCAAACAACUCCAAGACCGGUUGAAUGGAGUUUUGGAGAAGAACUCUGACCCAUCUGCAGGCCCAGUACACGAAUUCGCCUCGCUUUUGAAAGCUCUUAUUCUCCAGAAGGUCAAAGAAACUACACGCCCUCCUCAGGAACAGCCAGAAUGGGGAAGUGAGAUCUUGACGCCAAAGGACAAUCUCUUCAAGUGGUCAGUCAUGACUACUGAGCAGAACGUCAAUGCCUACAAAUCGAAUAAGCACCAAGGUUUCCAUUGGUUCCUGAAGCUUCUUUUCCAGUUUGAUGUGGUAAUCUUCAUGGUCGGUCAAUUGAGUCAGCGAACUUCAGGAAAUCUGGUUGAGCGCGCCUGGCAACAGAUCCCGGCGGUUUAUGAGUAUCACCCGGAGUUCCUUGAUCCCUCGCAGGAGUACAACAUAGCACUCGCCAAAUUCGUGUUGAAGGCGUGGAAGGUGAGAGAGGAUUGUCUCUGUGCCGAACAUGGCAUUCAGCCAGACGAACCCGCCUAUGUCACAAGAAUCCGCGAGAUCAUGGUGCCUCACUGGAGAUGGUAG